UCCUGGGCAAACUUAAUUACAUAAGCUUUAAACAGAGCUGGUUAUUCCUGUUUUCAGCGAUAAAUACUGAAGGCCGUAGGCACAUUGGCACACAGCACUAUUCAGGCAAACAAUAAAUACAGGCAGGGUUCACACGAGUCUAUGAUUCCAAAUCAGACUUCAGCACAUUGCUGCGUAUCAAGUGAAUGGAUCCUCCAAAGGUCAGAGUGUAGGGAGACUGGAAUGGACCUGUUACCUGCAGUGGGAGGUGCCAUAGAGCAAACCAAGUUGCCUUCCUUGAUUUACUGCAGUUCAGAGCAGCCAGGGAGUGUUGUGCAAUGAUAGCUCAGAGGCUACGGACGGGGGCCCAGGCUCUGCUGCAGCAAUCAUGUCGGGCCAAUGUACAAACUGUGAGAAAAAAGGCCACUUUGGGGGUGUCGGGAGCCACGGUGGUGGAAGGGAAGACACUCAAGACAUUGGAUGACCUCCCCGGCCCCAGUCCACUUAAACUUUUGUACUGGAUUUUCCUGAGAGGAUACUUGUUUCGUACCCAUGAGCUACAGGUCAUUUUCAAAAAGACUUAUGGACCUAUGUGGAAAAUGUCCGACAGACAGCAUGCGAUGGUGACUGUGGCCAGCCCAGAUCUCCUGGAAAGCCUAUUAAGGAAAGAGGGGAAAUAUCCCACGAGAGCAGACAUGUUUAUAAUGAGAGAACACCGGGACCUUAGGGGUCAUUCCUAUGGGCCUGUAACUGAAGAGGGGCAUCAAUGGCACAGAAUUCGUACCAUUCUGAACCAAAGGAUGCUAAAGCCAAGAGAAACCGUCGUCUACGCAGGGUCCAUGAACGAGGUGGUAUCCGACCUGCUGCUCAAGAUUAAGGAGCUUACUGCUCAGAGUUCAAGCGGAACACAAGUGAACGGUGUAGCCGAACUCAUGUAUAAAUUUGCUUUUGAAAGCAUCUGUACCGUGUUAUUUGAGACUCGGCUCGGGUGUCUGAACAAGGAAAUCCUCCCUGAAACACAGAAGUUCAUUGACUCCAUCGGAAUCAUGCUGGAACACUUAACUAUGUUGACAAGACUUCCACAGUGGACCAAGGGCAUUCUCCCCUACUGGGGGCGCUACAUAGAGGCAUGGGAUACCAUUUUUGAUUUUGGUAAGAAACUGAUAGACAAGAAAAUGGAAGACAUUGAGGGUCGUUUGAAGCGAGGGGAGGAGGUCGAGGGCGAGUAUCUCACUUACCUUCUCUCCAGUGGGAAACUGAGCAUGGAGGAGGUCUAUGGGAGUGUGGUGGAGCUGCUCCAGGCUGGCGUAGACACAACCUCCAACACUCUGACUUGGGCUCUGUACCAGCUCUCAAGAAACCCAGAAAUCCAGAACAAUCUGUACCAGGAGGUGAUCAGGGUUAUUCCUGGAGAAACCAUCCCAGACAGUGAGGCCAUUGCCAGAAUGCCCCUACUGAAGGCCGUGAUCAAGGAGACCCUCCGUCUGUUCCCCGUGGUACCAGAAAAUGCCAGAAUGAUCAAUGAGAAAGAAGUGACUAUAAAGGACUAUGUUUUCCCAGUAAAGACUCAGUUCAUCCUGGGCCACUACGCCAUCUCUCGAGAUGAGACCACCUUCCCUGAGGCCGAUAGAUUCCUGCCGGAGAGAUGGCUGAGGGACUCUGGGAUGAAGCACCAUCCCUUCGGCUCCAUUCCCUUUGGGUACGGGGUGCGCGCCUGUGUAGGACGACGGAUUGCCGAGUUGGAGAUGCACUUGGCUUUAUCUAGGAUCAUUAAGAUGUUCCAAGUAAUACCUGACCCUGACCUGGGAGAGGUGGGGGCCAAAAACCGUGCAGUCCUCGUAGCGAACCGACCAGUCAACCUCCGGUUUAUUGAGAGGCAGCCGAGGCCAGAGUAAGGGUAAAUGUCACCCCUUGCAGUGACUAAACCAGCAUAUAAUGUUUAUAAAUACGUGUAUUUCAGUGCGACCUUACAGGUUGGUGUUGAAAGACUAUAAAUGUUGCGUAUUAACAAGACAAUAGGCAUAAGGGAUAUAAUUGGUUCACCUCAUAGGCCGCCAUGAUGCUGUGAUUAAAGAAGAAACCAAAUGUACAGUGAAAUCGUUCAUUAAAUAUUUGUAUUUGAAAAUAAAACUGGAUUGUUUGUA